CAUAUCAAUCGAAAAUACCAUAAGGUUAUCCCAACCAAACCAUUUUUCAUAUCCACAACAAUCACUUCUACUCUUUCUUCUCUUCUCUUUCCAUUCAUUCUCUCACCAACAAAAAAAAACAAGCUUUUUCAAUACCCAUAUGCAUGUUCUACUUCAAUUUCAAACUUAAAGUUCCUGUCUUUAAUCCAAAGGUACCAUUAAUUCUUCAUUUUCAUCACAAUUUCCUUUCUGGGUCACUUCAAUUCUCAACUUUGGGUAUGUUAAGGUUUAACUAGACAGUUGUUUUUGCUGUUUUUUUGUGUUGUUGGGUUGUUCUUAAUAUGCUUAUAUUAGUUGGUAACGUGCAAGGAACAUCAAUGAGUUCUCUUGCUUCACCAAUAAGUUUUGGUAGUUCUUCUAGAAUGUCACAUUCUGUUGUUAGAAGAGUUUCUCUUUCUAGUUCUAGAAGGAAUUGUAUAGGGAAAAAAAGAUGGCAUUGUGUUUCUUUGUCUGUUUGUAGAUAUUCAGUUACCACAACUGAUUUUGUUGCAGACCAAGGAAAUUCAGUUUCAUCACUUGAUUCUUCUAACAAUGAUGAUAGUAAUAAUAAAGGUGGUGGUGAUAGUGGUGGUGGUGUUGGUGGUAGUUUUGUACUUAAACCUCCUCCUAAGCCUGUCUUGAAGUCCAAUAAUGACUCGAUUUUAGGAUCGAGUUCGGGUUUAGGGGGUUCGACGAGGAAUAGUGAGGGUGAUGAUGGUGUGGAUGAGAGGAGUAAGGUGAUUGAGUCACUUGGUGAGGUUUUGGAGAAGGCGGAGAAGUUGGAGACUUCUAAGUUAGGGGGUAAGAGAAGUAAUGGUUCGGUUAAUGAACCGGCAAGACCAGUUAUGAAUGAUAAACCUAAGGAUGAUGAACCGGUGAAUUCAUUACAGAAACAUAAGGCAAAGACUUUGAAGAGUAUUUGGCGUAAAGGGGAUUCGGUUGCGACUGUGCAGAAGGUUGUGAAGGAAGUACCUAAGCCUAGUGUUAAGAGUAGUGAAGUGGGGGAAUCUCAAGUAGGGGGAGGGGAGAAGGUAAUGUCUCAGUCGAGUGAUCCUCAGCCUCUUUCGAGACCUCAACCGAUGUUACAAUCUAGGCCUUCGAUAGCCCCGCCGCCACCGCCACCUGUUAAAAAGCCUGUUAUCUUGAAGGAUGAUAAAGGUCAAGGUGAAACACCACCUGUUAAGUCUAAAGAAAGGAAGGGACCUAUCUUGAUUGAUAAGCAUGCUUCAAAGAAACCGGCAGUUGACCCUGUGAUUGCUCGAACGGUUCUAGCUCCUACGAAACCAGGGAAGGCCCCUCCCCAAGGAAGGUAUAAAGAUGAUUACCGGAAGAAAGGUGCUUCGUCUGGGGAAGGAGGACCAAGAAGACGAAUGGUGGUGAACAAGGAUGGUGUUCCUGACGAGGAUACUUCGGAACGCAAUGUCUCUAUUCCCGGCACUGCAAGAAAAGGACGGAAAUGGAGUAAAGCAAGUCGUAGGGCGGUACGACUUCAGGCUGCCAGGGAUGCUGCUCCUGUAAAGGUUGAAAUUCUAGAGGUCAGCGAUAAUGGUAUGCUGGUGGAGGAAUUGGCGUACAAUUUGGCAAUUACUGAAGGCGAUAUCCUCGGCUCUCUGUACUCCAAGGGAGUUAAGCCAGAUGGGGUGCAAACUCUAGACAAAGAUAUGGUGAAGAUGAUUUGUAAAGAUUAUGAUGUGGAAGUCAUAGAUGCCGAUCCUUACAAAGUUGAAGGAUUAGUGAAGAGAAGGGAAAUUCUCGAAGAAGAAGACCUUGACAAACUCAAAGACAGGCCUCCUGUUAUUACUAUCAUGGGCCAUGUUGAUCACGGCAAGACAACUCUUUUGGAUCAUAUACGGAAGACUAAGGUUGCUGCUUCUGAAGCUGGUGGGAUCACACAGGGAAUUGGGGCUUAUAAAGUGCAAGUACCUGUUGAUGGAAAAACGUUGCCGUGUGUUUUUCUCGACACUCCUGGGCACGAGGCAUUUGGGGCAAUGAGAGCCCGUGGAGCAAGCGUAACAGACAUUUGUAUUAUUGUUGUGGCUGCUGACGAUGGUAUUCGUCCUCAAACAAAUGAAGCUAUAGCUCAUGCCAAAGCAGCAGGAGUACCCAUUAUUAUUGCUAUAAACAAGAUAGAUAAAGAUGGAGCAAAUCCAGACCGAGUUAUGCAAGAGCUUUCUUCAAUUGGCUUGAUGCCAGAAGACUGGGGUGGUGACAUCCCGAUGGUUCAGAUAAGUGCUCUUCAAGGUCAGAAUGUUGAUGAUCUUUUGGAAACUGUUAUGCUUGUUGCCGAGUUGCAAGAACUGAAAGCUAAUCCUGAUAGAAGUGCGAAGGGCACAGUCAUUGAGGCAGGCAUGGAUAAAUCAAAAGGACCAUUUGCCACAUUUAUUGUGCAGAAUGGGUCACUUAGAAGGGGAGAUAUUGUAGUUUGUGGAGGAGCUUUCGGAAAGGUGCGGGCUUUAUUUGAUGAUGGUGGAAAGCGUGUCGAUGUAGCUACACCUUCUAUACCUGUACAGGUUAUUGGAUUGAAUAAUGUUCCAGUUGCUGGUGAUGUAUUUGAGGUUGUUGAAUCCCUUGAUACUGCACGUGAAAAGGCAGAGUCCCGUGUUAUGUCAUUGCGAGAUGAGCGUAUUUCAGCAAAGGCAGGAGAUGGCAAGGUCACCCUUUCUUCCUUAGCUUCUGCAGUUUCGUCAGGAAAGCUUUCUGGACUAGACUUGCACCAACUGAAUAUUAUUUUGAAGGUUGACCUUCAGGGAUCCAUUGAAGCCGUCAAACAAGCCCUGCAGGUGCUACCACAAGAUAAUGUCACACUGAAGUUUUUGAUGGAGACAACAGGUGAUGUAAGCACAAGUGAUGUUGACCUUGCGGCUGCAAGCAAAGCGAUUAUUUUUGGAUUUAAUGUCAAAGCACCAGGCUCUGUAAAAAGCUAUGCAGAUAAUAAAGCUGUUGAGAUAAGAUUAUAUAGAGUUAUUUAUGAAUUAAUUGAUGAUGUACGAAAAGCAAUGGAAGGGCUCCUAGAUUCUGUUGAGGAACAAGUACCGAUUGGCUCAGCAGAAAUACGGGCUGUAUUCAGCAGUGGUAGCGGUCGUGCUGCCGGAUGUAUGGUUACAGAGGGAAAGGUUACAAAAGGCUGUGGCAUUCGAGUCAUGCGGAAGGGAAAAAUAGUUCAUGUUGGUAUUCUUGAUUCUUUGAGACGGGUGAAAGAGAUUGUUAAAGAGGUAAAUGCCGGUCUUGAGUGUGGACUUGCGUUAGAAGAUUAUGAUGAUUGGGAAGAGGGCGACAUUCUUGAAGCCUUCAACACAGUUGAGAAGAGAAGAACCCUUGAAGAGGCCUCAGCAUCAAUGGCAGCUGCUGUGGAGGGAGUAGGAUCUUAAAUUAUAGAAUAAACAAUGAUGUGACAUCAUGAUGAAAAUGGUUCCUAUCUUGGGAAAAGAACGUAACAAUUCCCACAUCAUAAUAUUUUUUGUUGAAGGUGGGGCAGCUGAAGAUUAAUGAUUUGUUCCAUUGCUUGUUGUAGAAAUGUAUAUAACAAAGUAAAUUAGUUUCAGCUCUUCUGUAAAGAGGGAAAAAAAGUUUCAAUGCCUUGACCUAGAAGUACUUGUAACACCACCACAUAUAAGACAAGGAAAGAAAGAACUGCAUUGUUUAUUUUCUUCUUCAUUUUUUGUAUGAUGCUCUUAAUUAAUGGAUGCAUCAUCUUAUUUUUGAUAAAAAAGAAAAAUUGAUGCAUCAUUUUACUUGAAA